UUGCCAGAGGUCGGGCGUCUAACGUAAUCCAGGGACCAGAUGAGGAAAAGAGCAGGGCACGUGGAGGCUGUGCCGCUGAGGAUCGUAGAGGCGAUGCGGAUUACAGGGUCGGGAAGUUGGCAGUGGAGCCCAGGGACUUUGGGGAAAUGGGGUCCGGGUUGUGAAAGGACCAGAGAGAGGCAGAAGCGAGAACAUUGGCGACAGAAUUGUUUCAGGACCCAUAACCCCGUUUCUGCUGGGCUCUUUUCUGUCUUGGAGGAGAGAGUCUUGGAGGGAUGUGUACUGGCUGUUUUAAGGGCUCAGGCGAUGCGAAAAGUGGGGGACAUCUGCAAAAAUACGUGCUCCCCAGGGGUUGUGAAGCUGUCACCUUUCAGCCUGAGAACUAGUGGACCAGGGGAAUAGAACUCCCAAACACUUCCGCUGAAGGCCACCCAGGAGCAUGCCUCUGUGCAUAUGGGAGGAAGAGGAUUCCUGACACACUGGGUGUCUCUGCUUAGUGGGUUCAGGUGACAUCUGACUGUGCCAGCCUCCUUAGCUUUGGGUGUAUGUGAGGGUGAUGUCUGUCUAUGACUCACUUUGGCUUCCAGUAGGUGGAUUUGUUUGUGUGAACGUGAGUGACAGUGUGUGUGCAUAUUUCUGCUUCAGGAGGGUGCUGAGUCUGAGUGCCUGAGUAGGUGAUGUCUCUUCUCUAAAAAGUUUUCUCCAUGAGGAUGUUGAUUAUAGUUCUGACUUCUUCUUCCCUGUACAGUAGGAGCAGGGAACAGUGUCUUUUUUUUUUUUUUUUUUUUAUACAAGGAAGAAUUGACUGGUUGUUGGAGUGUGUGACCCCCAGGCUCCCAGCUACCCUGGACUGGGCAGAGCUGAGAGAAAGCUGUCUACACCUGCCUCUUCCAGACAGCUGUCUUUCUGCGGGAGAGUGAAUUCUGUCCUUGCUUGGAAUAGUUUGCAGGACAGACUGGUGGAAGGCUAAAGGAAGUUGAGAUCUUUGCAUUUAGGUGAUGGGGUGGUUUAUUGGGAAUGUUUGUGGGGGUGAGCCCCUCAGAAGAAAGAGACCAUUUUGGAUGUUGAGAUGUGUGUAGAUAGUGCUUUUAUUUCACUCCAAGGACAAACAGGUGUUGAUGUUUACCAGCUGUGAACUACUUUUACUGGUUCAAUGCUGGAGUUGACCAAGCAAUCAAGUGGAAGAAUCCCUCAUUCUCUUUCUUUCUUUGUGUGUGUGUGUGUGUGUUAUUGGGAUUGGACACAGGGUCUCUUGCAUGCUAGGCAAGUGCUCUACCACUGGGGCUACACACCUACUCCCGAAUCUCUCAUUCUCUACAACUUGCUAGACCACUUAACACUUCUCUGUGGGAAUAAGAAUGAGUAGCUCAUUGCAUGAGUGCUUUAGUGCUAGUCCAGGAGGUAAGGUUUGCUUGUGAUUUGCUGGUUUUGUCCAUGAGAUUGGCAGGAGUGACACAGUAUAUGGUGGGCAAUGACAGGAGGGGAUCAUCACAGGCAGAUCUGGCUUCAGAAUUCUUCUUCAUUUCCUGAUGUGAAUAUCAUGUUUAGGGCUUCUUGGAAGAAAGGAGGGAGAAACUGUCAGAGUCAGGCAGGCUCUGGUCUUUGCCCUUCCAUCCACCCUGAGGAUGGAGCUACUGUGGUGGGAAUUACCUCACCCUCCCACCUGCUCGGGCCGGAUGUGCAGCUAGUUCAUAGGCAGCACCCAGUGUUGAAAGGGCACAGGUUUAGGGUCAGACCCCCACACAAAUAACAAAUAACAACAGUAAGUUUAAAGCCCCAGGCUUAGUAUCCUGAUGGAUAAUAUCAAGAAGGGAAGGGUUAAUUAAUACCCAUCCAGAAUGUUUGUUGUGAAAACUGAACUUUGAGAAGCACCUACCAGGAUAAUGCCCAGCACAUUCCCAGGGAUCCCCCAGCUGAUACUGUCCCCAGUAUUUUCUAAGCUUAUUAUAGCAAGGAACCUCUUUUUUCCUGUAGGGAUUAAUCAUGUUUUUUCCCCUGUGUGGAUUUUUUGUAUGUGUUUUGUAGUGUUGGGGAUUGAACCAAGGGCUUCAGGUUGUAUGGGAUUUUUUUUUUUUUUUGGUUAUCAGGGGUUGAAACCAGGAAUGCUUAACCACUGAGCCAUGUCCCCAGCCCUUUUUAUUUUUUAUUUUGAGACAGACAGGGUCCCGCUAAGUUGCUGAGUCUGGCCUUGAACUUGUGAUCCUCCUGCCUCAGCCUUCUGAACUGUUGGGAUUACAGGGUUUCAUGAAGUUGCCAAGGCUGGCCUCCAACUGGAGAUCCUUCUGCCUCAGCCUCUGAAGCAUCUGGGAUUACAGGCAAACACAGGUCUGCUGCUCCACAGGGCCCAUCUUCUGGGGUGAAGAAAAGGAUUCUGAGAAGGUACAGGUCCCAGAAACCACAGCCUCGGCUCUCAAAGGAUAUCGCGUUGGAUCAGGGCCAGGGCUGCCCUUCCUUCCAUCUCUGCUGAUACCCGGCCACGCAGCACCCUCACCCAGCUCAGAGUCCACAUCUGUGCCAUGUCAGGCUCCAGAAGAAAAUCCAGGCCAAAGCCAGGACUAAUGAGGACUUAGGUUGAUUUAAUGUCAGACCCUGGCAUUUGGUCCUUGUCUCCUACUUCUCAGCCUGGGCCCUCAGCCAUGAUAAGAGGUCACGCUCAUUUGACAGGUCCAGCGGGCGCUCCUCCAAGCAGAGCCUUGGAGGGCAACGCCGGCACCAUUACCUCCAACGAGUGGAGCUCUCCUAACUCCCCUGAGGGGAGCAGUGUCUCUGGAGGCAGUCAGGCACUGGACAAGCCCAUCGACAACGAUGCAGAGGGCGUGUGGAGCCCCGACAUUGAGCAGAGCUUCCAGGAAGCUCUGGCCAUCUACCCACCCUGCGGUCGGCGCAAAAUCAUCCUGUCAGAUGAGGGCAAGAUGUACGGUCGGAAUGAGCUGAUUGCCCGCUACAUCAAGCUCCGGACAGGGAAGACCCGCACCAGGAAGCAGGUCUCCAGUCACAUCCAGGUGCUGGCUCGUCGCAAAGCCCGCGAGAUCCAGGCCAAGCUCAAGGAUCAGGCAGCUAAGGACAAGGCCCUGCAGAGCAUGGCUGCCAUGUCGUCCGCCCAGAUCAUCUCGGCCACAGCUUUCCACAAUAAAAUGGCCCUCGCCCGGGGCCCAGGCUACCCAGCAGUCUCAGGGUUUUGGCAAGGAGCUUUGCCAGGCCAAGCUGGAACAUCCCAUGAUGUGAAACCCUUCUCUCAACAAACCUAUACUGUCCAGCCUCCACUGCCUCUGCCAGGGUUUGAGUCUCCUGCAGGACCCACCCCAUCGCCCUCAGCACCCCCAGCACCCCCGUGGCAGGGCCGCAGUGUGGCCAGCUCCAAGCUCUGGAUGUUGGAGUUCUCCGCCUUCCUGGAGCAGCAGCAGGACCCAGACACGUACAACAAGCAUCUGUUCGUGCACAUCGGCCAGUCCAGCCCAAGCUACAGCGACCCCUACCUCGAAGCGGUGGACAUCCGCCAGAUCUACGACAAGUUCCCAGAGAAGAAGGGCGGGCUCAAGGAGCUCUUUGAACGGGGACCCUCCAAUGCCUUUUUUCUCGUGAAGUUCUGGGCAGACCUCAACACCAAUAUCGAGGACGAGGGCAGUUCCUUCUAUGGAGUCUCCAGCCAGUAUGAGAGUCCCGAGAACAUGAUAAUCACCUGUUCUACCAAGGUCUGCUCAUUCGGCAAGCAGGUGGUGGAGAAAGUUGAGACAGAGUAUGCCCGUUAUGAGAAUGGCCACUACUCAUACCGCAUCCACCGGUCCCCACUCUGCGAAUACAUGAUCAACUUCAUCCACAAGCUGAAGCAUCUGCCCGAGAAGUACAUGAUGAACAGCGUGCUGGAGAACUUCACCAUCCUGCAGGUAGUCACCAACAGAGACACACAGGAGACCCUGCUGUGCAUCGCAUAUGUGUUUGAGGUGUCGGCCAGCGAGCAUGGGGCUCAACACCACAUCUACCGGCUGGUGAAAGAAUGAGAGACUCGGGGAGCAGGGAGGGGGGUGGACAUGUGUGCAGGAAAUGGGGACAUGGGGAGGGGACCUGCAGGGACAUCCCCCUGAAGUGCUAAGUGAGCUGAGCAGAGUGGUCAUGAUUCUUCCUGCCAGAAAGAAACAGUGCCUGAUCCUGCAAUGCCCAUCCCCAAAUAAACCCAAGAUGUGUAUUUUCAGAGGAGCUGGUCUAGCUGAAUGAGCCCUGGGAGGGACUGGGGGAGAGGGGCUGUCUGGGAGGCAGACUGGACACAGUGCCCACAGAUGGACCCCUGCAGUCCUCAAGCCAGCCACCCCAGUGGCCCCAGCCAGGAGCAUCUCCUGGUGCCGAAGCUCAAGUCCUGAUGUCUCUACUGCUGCUCGAGCCCCUCAUCUGUUUCUCCUGUUGCUGCUGGCCACGAGAGGCCCAAGGGUCGAUGGGCACCUGGGCCAUGCACCCUCAGCUUCUUGUACAUGACUGCACCUUGAUGUCUUGCCACUGCCGCUGACAGCUGGCACCAGGCCCCGUCUACCAGAGCUUGGAGUUUAGGUGUGGAGGUGAUAAGAGUUGUUGGAAGAUGACAUGGUCAGGCCGUCUAGAUAGUUUUCAACAUCCAAAUGAAGGCAGGGGCAGAGGGAGGAGGUGGCCAGGCUGAAGCCGGGUGGAGGCAUUUGGAUGAUUGACAUCAGAAGCCUCCAUAUGCAUGGUGGUGAAGGGCCAGAGAGUUGGUCCAGUAACCAUCGCAGCCCCGUGGUCUCUGUGAUCCUUCCAGUUCUGAUGGUCUGUAAGUCCUGCUUCAAAUAACCAUCUGUGGGGCCUCUUAUAUGGUAACCUCCUUGGAACCAGCCUUGGGCUAGCUACCUUCCUCCCCAGGAGUUUCUGUGUCCCUUGGGGCUGGGGUGGAAGGUAGUGGAACCCACUCAGCCUAGAGGUACCCCACUGUGGGGUUCCUUGGCUCAUCUCAGAACUGGCAGGGACUUUGGGUGUAGGCAGACCUGGCUUAGUCCUAGCUUUCCUGCUGCCUGACAUUAGCAAAUUUCUCAACCCAUCUGAGCCCCAAUCUCCUUUCCUCCUUGCGAAGUGGGAAAGCAACAGCACUUAUCUACAAAGCCCUUCCAGAGGAGGAGAGGGGAUGUCUGUAAAGUGCCUAGCGCAAGCUGCACCAAAAUGUUUAAUGGUAAUUAGCUCUUCUCUGCCGGCCCUAGGGAGAGCCUGGGCCUGGCUCUUUGCUGCCACCUAGUGGCUCUUUGGUAUUAUCUUCCCUAAUAGGAACCACAGUUCUAGCAGCCUGCAGCUGAACAGGCAUGUUUACUGUAUGCCCAGUGCUCAGGGAGAAUUCUAUGGGAAUACAAAAAUGAUAACAGCAGAAUCAAGGAGAUGUUGUGGAGUGGUGUUUCAGAGCAAGGGCUCUGGAGUCAGACUAGCUACUGACUUUGACCUUGGUGCAAGUUCAUUAAUUUCCCUAUGCCUCAGUUUCCCCAUCUGUCAAAUGGGUGUAAUAAUAAUAACCUACCUCGUAUAUGUAAGUGCCUACUAUAGUCUGAGCAUAUCCAUGUGUUCAAUAAAUAUGCAUUGCUGUUACCUGCAGGAGCCUGUGGUCUGAAGAGUCAGACUGGGAAGCCAUCUGUGGUGGGCUGAUCCCUGAAGCAACUGGUGAUCAGAGAUAACAGAGAUCAGGGUGUGGAAGAUUUAAAGAAGUGGUGCUUGAGGAGUGCUGGCCCUUGAAGUAUGGGCAGUAUUUAUUUUAUUUUUAUUACUAUUUUUCUGCAGUGCUAGGGAUCAAACCAGGACUUUGAGCAUGCUAGACAAACACUCUACCACUGAGCUACAUCCCCAGCAUUAUUUAGAUAAGCAAAUGGGAGGAAGCUGGACGUCAUCCCAGAGAAGCAAGCCACUUAAUUUCCCUCUACCCCUCUAUCUUUUCAUCAAAAAGCAGUUUAAACCCCUCUGGCAUCAGGAUCCCAGGUAGACCAGCCUCCACAACUUAGUGAGACCCUGUCUCAAAAUUUUAAAAAAAGGAGGAGGAUGGGGCAGCUAAGGACUGCAUCCCUGGGCAGAUGGUGUGUGCACCUAUGUCCCUGUGCGGGUGUGUAUUUGCAGAAGGCUCUCCUGACCCCUCUCCUGGUCACCACCACAGCUCUUGACCUCUCCUCCCUGACCCAGGCUGCUUGGAUGUGGAGGCCCAAGAUGCUCGCCCUCCUAGCUUGACUGACAGCUGCAACACCAUGCAGCUUCAGACCAAGGCUGGUGAAGGGUGUUGUGUGGUAAGCUGCUUGGCUGUGGACAAAUUAAAGACAAACCCCUGUGUCAAGGAGGAAAGGAGGGCGGGGCUAUCUCUCUGCUGCCACCUAGUGGCUGCCUCCUAGCCCAUGUGUUGGUUGUAAGUUUCCCUUUCCCUUUAUGAACUGAACUCAGCUGCCCAACGGAGAGUUGCCUUCUGAUAGGUGGACAUUCCAAAUGGCUCACCAUAGGAGGUUGCAGGUAUAGCUGCCUCUCUUUUCCCGGGUGACUAUGACCCUUGGGGUCAAUGGCAAACAGGAUCUGCUCUACCAACCCUCCAGGCACCCUCCCUGACUUACUGACUCUGCAGAGCACGCUGCCCCCCACAGACGGCCAUGGCCAGUAGUGCUCUUCCCCUCCUUUCCCACUAGCCACCUGUGAUUCAUUUUUACAAAAAUGAAUGAGGCCGGACACAGUGGUGCACGUUUUGUAACCACCAACUCAAGAGGAUUAGGCAGGAGGGUAGCAAGUUCAAGGCCAGUCUCCACAACUUAGUGAGACCCUGUCUCAACAUUUUUAAAAAAGGAGGAUGGGGCGACUAAGGUUGUAGCUCAAUGAUAGAGUGCCCCUGGGUUCAAAUCCCAGUGCCAAGCUGGGCUCAGUGGUACAUGUCUGUCAUUCCAGUGGCUUGGGAGGCUGAGGCAGGAAAAUCACAAGUUUAAAGCCAACCUCAGCAAAUGUGAGGUGCCAAGCAACUCAAUGAGACCCUGUCUCUAAAUAAAAUACAAAAUAGGGCUGGGGAUGUGGCUCAGUGGUCAAACGCCCCUGAGUUCAAUCCCUAGUACUCCCCGUCCCCCCAAAAAAUCAUCCCAAUGCCAAAACGACCAAUGAGGAGUCACCUCUUCUGCAAAAGCCUUAGUCACUCCUGCCCUUGUGUCAAAGCAUUCCACUCACCCUGUGGGAGCACCCAUUACCUACCUGGUCCUUAAAUAGGGGAACUUUUAAGGGAACUUCCACAAUCUUCAUAGGACAGGUACUAUGCUAACCCCAUUUUUUAAUUUUGAGAUGGGGAACUCACUGUUGCUUAGGCUGGGGCUUAAGCAAUCCUCCUGCCUCGGCCUUCAUAUAGCUGGAACCGCAGGUUGCUGCAAUCACAGCACUAGGAAGAGAGUGAAGCAUGGAGCCCAGUAACUUUAUUAUGUUGUUGAUACAUUUUAUUCACUAAUUUUGCAAAUAUUUAUUUAACUUCUGCUUUGUGCUAGGCAUUAAGGAUGUGUCAGUGAGCAAGACAGACAGGGUCCCGUUGGCACUUAGGAGCUACCUUUGUGGAAGAAGGAGUAAGAAAGGGAACCGAACGUGCAGGUCCUGGGAAGGGCAGGCAGGCAAGCCAGAGGCCACUGUGGCUGGUUCCUGAAGAACAGGGAGCCAGCCCCCAGAGGGCUAGGGAACAGCAUUCCAAGCUGAGGAAGCCUGGGUCUCCAGUCAUGAAAGGGACAGGUGUGCCCCAGGUGUCUAGAGAAAGCCACUGAGCCUGGAAUGCCAGCCAGGGAGUGACAAGACUGAGGGCUGAGGUGGGCAGGGGCUGAUCAUGCCCCUGGCCGGCAUCCACAUGGAAAGAGGGGCAGGACAGAGGACAGAUGACCGUGUGUGUGUGUGUGUGUGUGUGUGUGUGAGUGAGAGAGAGAGAGAGAGCGCACUGCAUCUAAUCCAGGUGACCAUUCUGAAAAUGUCACAACUUAGGUAUUUAAAAACAUCCCCUGGGCUGGGCGGAGCUCAGUGGUAGAGCACUGGCCAGCAUGCUAUGGAGCACUGGGGAAAAAAAAAAAUCCCCUGACUGCUCCUCCGCAAACACACCCUUUUUAGAGGGGAAAAGGCUCUACUGUGCUAGUCAAAGAAGACCAGAGGGCCCCACGCUCCUUGGCUCAGCUAGAACUGUCCAGCUGUGGGUCGCACUGUUAGUCUUUUGUUCUCACCCUGGUCUCAGCAAUGAGGAGGGAAGUAUUCUUAAUUGGAAAGAUAAUUAUGGCCAAUUAUUAGGGGGAGAAAAGCCCCAGAGAAAGGUCUAAAGGGAAGGACUCUGCAAAUGGAGGACUGAAUACACAAGAAACUGGAAUGUGACUUCUGUUGUACGUGCCGAGGAAGGAUGGGGAGAGGUGGCCAAGGCCCUCCUUAGAAGGCUGAAGCCCAAUUGGUGGAAAUGACUGAGCUUGUGGGUGUCUGAUAUUCAACCUAAAGGUUUUUGUAUUUUUGCUAUGUAAACCCCCUUCGACUUUACAAAUCUUCAGUAAAAUCUGCUACAUCCCAA